AUGUGGACGCCUGUACUUCAGGGUUUGCUCAUCCUGGCACACGCUGGCGAAGUGAGGGCGGCCUGCCAGUCGGCGGAGCUUGACUUCAUCGUGCAAGCCGGUGAUGCAGUCCUGGCGGCCAUUGAAGAUGAUGUCCGUGCAGACCUGGCCAAGCUGGGGAUCACCGUGAACACCCGCUUCCUCGAGAAAGAGGAUUUCAACUCGAACAUGACGUCCGGCAACUUUAACCUCUGCUUCUCAGAGACCUGGGGUCCGCCCUAUGAUCCGCACAGCUAUGCUGCAUCAUGGAAGUCACCCGACGAAGCACAUUAUGCAGCUCUUCAGGGAAUGCAGCCACCUUUGACGCAAGAUCAGCUGUCGACAAAAAUCUCUGAUGUGCUCCUGGAAGAAAACUUGCAGCAGCGAGAGCAGAAAUGGAAAGACAUUUUGUCGGGACUCCACGAGCAAGCCAUAGACUUGCCUUUCUCAGGCAAGCGCAUGCCCACAGUGCUCUCCAAGCGUCUUGCAGGGUAUGUGCCGGGGCAACAGCAGUUCGACUAUCCAGUGCACACCCUGCGGGCUCUCAGCGGCAGCACAACGAUAACUGUUGCCCCAGGGGCGCAAACUGGACUCUUCAGUUCUGUUGGGCGAAUGGAUCCUCACACGUACCGACCGAACGAGUUCUUCGCCAACAAUUGGGUCUACGAGGGUUUGACGAAAUAUGGCGCAAAUGGAGUCACUGAGCCAGCGCUGGCCGCGUCUUGGACGUUCAGCGAUUUGCCUUCAGGGGGUCAGGAGUAUCGGUUCACUCUCGCGCAGAAUGUGAAGUUCCACGAUGGCUCCGAUUGGAACUGUACUGUCGCCAAGCUGAACUUUGAUCACGUGCUCGCCAAGCCUUUGACAUCAGGUGACGAGCAUGGUUGGUACGAUUUGCCAGCACAAAUUGUCUCCUGGAGCUGUGCUGGGGACUAUGAGUUCGUGCUUUCCACGAAGGACAAGUACUACCCACUGCUGCAGGAGCUUACCUACAUCCGGCCACUGCGAAUGCUCUCCCCUGCCAUGUUCGCAAGCGGCCUCACAACGGAUCCAACCACUGAGAACUCGUGUUAUUCGCCCGGUAGGGUUGUCACAAACUUCGGGGAAACCAUCACUUGUGCAGGCACGCGGGGUGCUUCCGGAACCGGACCUUUCAAGUUCGUCGAAACCCUUUCAAACGGCGAUGUGAGGUUCGACAGGCACAGUGAGUAUUCGGGAGGAGAGCCGAAGAUCGAGCGGAUCAUCCUGAAGAAGUACGACAGCCACUCGGAGGUGAUGGCCGCUCUUCUGGAUGGGAGCCUCGACGCGGUCAUGGGCGCUGGUGUGCUUGAGCCAGAAGACUUCCACACCCUCCACACGACGCAUGCUUUCCGAUUCCAGAUGUUCUUGGGCCCACCCAUUAUGAACCGCGUGAUCAUCAUGAAUGCGGCCAAGGCUCCAACCGACAACCUGAACCUUCGGAAGACCAUUAUGCACGCAGUUAACAAGGCAGAAAUUAUUGACAAGGAGCUCUUCGGAAUGGCGGCGCCAGUUGACGCGCUCUUCCCGAAGAACUUGCCCUACUGCGACGUCGAUCUCACGCCCCGCUGGGACUACGACCGGGAGAAGGCAGAGCUACUUUGGUGCUCGGCGGCGGCCGAAGAAUCGGGCGGCAACGUGACGGUGACGGUGCUGGUCAUUGUAAUCGUCGUCGCCGUUGUUGCCGUGGCGGUCGUUGCCUUCUUCUUGUUCAAGCUUGGAAAGAAGCAGGGGGCGGAUGAGCAGAAGCUGCUGCACGCAAAGGCAGCAGGUGAACCUCCAGCUGGGCAGAUGGGCAAAGUGGAUGAGGCUGCAGUCUGA